ACGCGCGGCGGCGAUACCAUCACGAAAACGGAGAAAGAGAGAGAGAGAGAGAAAAAGAGAGUUGAGUGAUGGAGAGCUCUUCUUCUUCUUCUUCUUCUUCUCUCCUUCUCCGUGUGAUGAUUUUUUGGAUGACCAUCUCUGGUCAAAUGCAGUAUAUUUUUGCUGUUAGUUUCGGGAUCAACUAUGGUCAAAUUGCUAAUGAUCUCCCUUCUCCUGCUCGUGUUGCCCGCCUCCUCCAAUCGCUCAAUGUAAACAGGGUAAAGCUUUAUGAUGCAGACCCAAAUGUCUUGAGCGCAUUCACUAACUCCAAUGUCGAGUUCAUAAUUGGGAUCGGCAAUGAGAAUGUGCAGAACAUGAUGGAUUCUUCUAAGGCAGUCGCAUGGCUCCAGCAGAAUGUCCAACCUUACAUAUCUCAAACUAAAAUUAUUUGUAUCACAGUCGGAAAUGAGGUUCUUAGUGGUAAUGACACAGUGUUAAUGUCUAAUCUCCUCCCGGCAAUGCAAUCUGUAUAUGAAGCUCUUCAGAGCCUAGGAUUGGACAAGCAAGUGACUGUCUCAACAGCGCACUCUUUCUUCAUCUUGGGGAACUCCUUUCCUCCGUCAGCAGGCUCUUUCCAGCAAGACCUCAUACCGUACAUUCAACCAAUUCUCAACUUUCAUUCCCAGACCAAUUCACCCUUCUUGAUUAAUGCCUACCCCUUCUUCGCGUACAAAGCGGACCCGGGUUCCAUCUCUUUAGCAUAUGUUCUCUUUCAGCCAAAUGCAGGAAGUACUGAUCCAAAUACGAAUCUUACUUAUGACAACAUGCUUUAUGCACAGAUUGAUUCAGUUUAUGCUGCGAUCAAGGCGGUUGGAUUCACCGACAUUGACGUGCGAAUAUCUGAGACUGGUUGGCCCUCACAAGGGGACUCGGACGAGCCCGGGGCAACACUAGAGAAUGCUGAGGUGUAUAAUGGUAAUCUUUUGCGGAGGAUAGCAAUGAAUCAAGGCACGCCAAUGAAGCCUUCAGUUCCCAUCAAUGUAUAUGUUUUUGCCCUGUUUAAUGAAAAUAUGAAGCCUGGACCAACGUCAGAGAGAAACUAUGGUUUGUUUUAUCCCAAUGGUACACCGGUUUAUAAUGUCGGAUUGCAAGAAGGAUACCUUUCGAUAUACUCAUCGUCUCCCAAAUCGAUGGUGAUGUCUGAGGUGAAUUUCAUCGUCUUGAUAGUCAUAGCAACUCUUUUGCAAGCAUUGUCCAUGUUGAUUUGAGCAGCCAAUGACAAUUGAACAGAUUUUUAUACCAAUAGAAUUGCAUGGGAGUCAUUCAAAUCCUUCUGGCAAAUAAAAAUCAUGAAGAUCAGGUUGAAUUGCCUAUACAUGUUCAACAGGAAUGCGAAAAGCCAUUUUAAUCUACAAUUUUGAUUGAUAAGGUUAUGCAUUGCAUUUCAUUACAGGUACAAAUUUUUCCAUUCGGAUUUUUUCAUCGAUAGAAGAUUAAUAAUUAAGGUCUUGUUGAGGGCUCCCGGUUUGAUAUCAAUACUUUCUACAAACAUUGGUUUUACUUAGGACAGAUUUAUAGAAUUAUGUAUUAUUAGACAAUACAGAUUGUGGUGAGUAAUGUACACUAGUAAUGUUUUAGAAAUCAAUUGGUCUCUUUUUGGUUUGGUUUGUGUAGUUGUACAAAUAUUGAGUUAAUUUUAAGCUGUAUUUAUGUGGUAAAA